CCAUCCAUCAGAUACAACCAAGAGUGGUCCGCACUUUCGAGCAUUUGUUGAGCGGCUUUCGCUGUUGAAUGAGUUGAAUGUUGGACGCGUUUCGAUCAGCCCCAAAACCAGUGACAGAGCCACUGCCGCUGCCGCUGCCGCUGCCGUCGCCGGUCUCCGUCGAUUGAGUCCGAAGCGUAUCUUCGAGUGCGUCGUUCUGUUCCAUCAGAUACAACAAAUUGAAAUUGCAGCUGCCGCUUGGAUGCGGAUUGCGCGCGAGUCGUUUCUUGUGUGUUGUUCAUAAAAAUAUUUUUGAUGAAAAUUGUUUUUACCCCGUGUGGAGUGUGUGGAAGUGUGAAAGUGAAAUAACUACAGCUCAGGCAAAAUAAAUUUCAUACAAUUAAUGAAACAGUAAAGCGUAGAAGAAACAAACCACAAAUACGUGAAAUAUUGACAAUCCACUCGAGUGGAAGGAAAGGAAGGCGCGGCUGUAACAAGACAACAGCAACAAGAGAGCAGCGGCAGGAAUUUGUCCGUCCUUGAGCUCAUGAAUUAAACACCUGUUUAAGAGCAGAAACGAGAUACAGAGAGGAGGAGAGAGAGAAUGAGAAUUGAGUGUGCAGCAUAGAGAAUUAUAUGUUGAAAUAUGUAGAUAAUUAUUUGGAGAAGCGAGAGAACAACAUUUGGAAAUUGUGAAAUUAAAGUGAAGGCCACAAAGAGAAGCAGAAACGAAGUAAAAGAGAAACUAAAUCUACAGAAAUAAAGAUAAUUGAAUGUAGAAAUUGCCAGGGAGAAAUAAAGAGGAGGAUCUUCACAGUUAGAGAUUGAAUGCUGCGAUAGAGACACAGUCGUAGAUCGAGAGAGAAUUUUGCGUAUACAAAAGCAAACAGCGAGAGCGGGGAAGAGAGAGAAAGACCAACAAAAACAACGACGACGCCGAGAUAGAGAUGAAUAAUUUUACAACCGCAACAGCCGCCGCACCGCCUCCUGGCACUAAGGAAGCCCUGCCACGAUCAGGACAUGUUAAUGAGGUGUGCAAGGAGUGGCUCGUGCGUGAGGACGGCGCCCUGGCCUACAAGCUGCAGUCCCAAGAGAUAAAUGACUUUUACAAGGGAAAUCGCUAUAGAAAUGGCAUGGUACGCGAGGAUUUCCCCACAGCGCUGCACGAGCAGAUCAAGGAAAAGGAGCAGGCACAGCGUCAGGUGGAGGCCUACAGAAGACGUCUGACAGAACAAGAGGAGCAUGACAAGCGUGUGGCCAAAGAAAUUGCUGACAAGCUGGAGCGUGAUCUGCAGGAACAGCAGCAAAAGGAGCUGCAACAAAGCGAAAUGAUGGCACAGAAAAUGCAGGAAAUUUAUGUUAAUCUGCCACCUGUGCCGCCGCCUGCCACACGCGACAAAGGCCACCGUCCACCGCCGCGUCCAGCCAAAGCAAGUAUACACCUGCAACAGCCGCAGACCAAUGGCCAUCAUCCCGAGCCCUGCACCUCACAGCAGGCUAGAUAUCAGAGUCAACAGCAGCAGCAGCAGCAGUCAAAACCAUUGAAGCUACAACAGCAACAUUUCUCACAGACCGAUAACUAUGUAGGAUUAUCGCUUAUACCAAAUAUUGUAGAUAUGCCAGCGGUAGUGGCCACAGUAACAACACCACCAAUAUGCACCACACCCAGUAGACAUGCACAGGCACAGAAUCAACAUCAGCUGUUGGUGAGUGAUGCCACCACAUCAUUGCCACAGCAGCAGCAGCAACAUCAGUCACGUUUUCAGUAUCCAUCAACACCGGCACGUCGACAUGUAUAUGAGCCAUCAACAACAUCAUUAUCAUCCAACAUACAACCCAGCACACCCACUGCCAGCUCCACUUCAUCCAUAACUCAGCACUCACCCACUCACCCCACCGUGCAGGCGGCUGACAUCGAUGAGCUGGUGGACUAUGCCGAUGUUGCCGACAGCAUACGCAACUACAACAUCAUAGCACCCGAAGAGGAGGCAGCUGCAGUCCCAGCCCCAGCCCCAGCCCCACUCAAUGCUGUGGAUGCAACACCUUUGCGUUCGCCCUCACACGAGAAUCUCCUAAGAACUGAACCCAAAUUUCAGAAAUUAUCACCAGAGAAAUACGAUCAGCUGGUGGGCAACUUUGGACUGGGUGCCAAUGCCACGGCCACUGUCAGUGCUGAUGCCAAGGCAGUGGAGCGGCAUAUGCAACAGCAUGCGGAUGACAUCGAGCUCUAUGUGGAUCCCUGCGAUUAUGCGAGUCUGCGAGAGAUUGGACUGCCCAUGGAGGAGAUACAAGAGAUGAGCAAGAAGCUCAAACAAGAGCAGAAAGAUGAGUUGCUAGCACGUCGCUUGCAGGCCAUUGAGUCCAAGGAUUGUGUGCGUCAGGAGCAGCGGGAUCGCAUGCUGGCCAUUGAGGCACAGGACAAAGAAUUAGCCAAAAUGCUGCAGGAGAGGGAGAAAGCCAAAGCCAAGCGUGCCAAGGAGAAGGCUCGUCUGCGCAAAAAUCAACAAAAGGAAGCGGCCUGCGGCAGUGGCACCUCCACCAAUGGCAGUCUGUUGUGUGGCACAAACUCUCACUGUGGGCCAUUGCUGCCGUUGCCGCAAGACUGCCUUUCCAGCACUGCCGACAUCGAUGUGGAGGCCUAUUCCAAUCCCAUAGAUGUCCUUAAUAGCAGCCGCGAACAGCGCCAGCCCAAUGGCACGCUGACAAAUGGCAGUUUGACCCGGGAAGGUGGCUCCUCCAAUCACAGUUCCAUGCAGCGACAGCAAAGGCAUAACAUGCCCCACACACGUGGCGAGGAUGAUAUCUACACACUGCCAGUGGAUAAUUGCAGACCGGGACAGAGGCCCGUGUCCCUGCACAUGGCAGCGGAGACAUUGCAGCAGCUGCAGGCUAAUAAUUCCAUGACGCGCUCCGAACACUAUGGCUCUGAGGCUGGUUCCCAUGACAGUUCACUGCACAGCGGCCAUCAUGACAUUUCGCCACACAUCAAAUACUCCAAAUCCGGCAAUUUUGGUAUAUAUAUCAAAGUGCCAGUCCCACGCCGCCUUACAUGCCAAUUCAGGGUACGCGCCGAUCAAAUUCAAGUGAAGAUCGUAAAAAGAAAUCCAAGGACAACAAGUGCACGCAUCAGUGAAGCCUAAAACUCCAAUCAAAUCAAGUCCAAUUCAAUUCUAUACAUCUAUAACUCGUAAAUCUACAUACAUUUUGUACUCUCUAGACAAUGUAAUUGUUCAGAUCAAAGUCGAUUGUUUUUUUCAUGAAUUUAUUCACAUCUUUCUCACAUUGUAUCUCUAGUACUUAGAAUUUAGUUUAAAUUUAUAGUAGUUAAGCCAAUUCAAAAUCAUAUUUUGUUUUAUAUGUGCGU